UAUCUUGUAAUUCUACAUUCUUUCUGUCUUUUAGCAAAAGCAAGCAUUUUCCCCAUUGAAAUGGCCAAAUUCCUUACUUCAUAUUUGGCAAGCUCCCAGUGUUUUGCAAAAUUAUUCAUUAUUUUAGCUUGUGUCCAAUACCUGUCUAUAAUUUCUGUUGUUUUCCUGCGGUGGAUGUCCAACCAGUCCCACAUCCAAGUGUGAUGUCAUAAGCCACGCCCAUGUCAAACACGUCACAUUCUCAUUAACAUUGAAGCAGUAAGACGCCAACACAGUAGGUGGCGAUAAUAGACAUUAUUGUUUGUGUUACCUGAAAUAAAACCAAAAAGAAGAAGACGAAAAGGAAGCAGAAGCAUCUGUGAGAUCUGUGAGAAAGUGAGGUGAAUUAAGUAUUAUUGCUAUGUCGGUAAGUAAAAUAAUUGUGUAAUUUCAAAAGUAUUUAUAUAAAAUAUUAUGUAUGUAGAUGCAGUAGAUGCUUAUGUUGUGUCCUCUUGGCAGCCACCUCAUCUCCUAGACCCAUUUAUGACUCUACCAGAUGAUGCAGCAUCGAAAGACAGCAUCCUUUUCCCUGUGUGGAAACCUGGCCACUGGUUUCUCAGUGUAAGUCUUAGCACUGCUAGUAGAAUUGGUAGUAUAGAUUUUGGAGGAUGUAUCUUAACAUUAAAAUUACUUAAGAGUUCUACUAAAGUCAAUGUGUCAGUGGUCACAGACAUGGCAUGUGAGCUCUUGAUCCAGCAGUGAGAAGGGGCUGUUUCACACAAAAACACAUUUAUGGCCAGAUCUGGUAAUUAAUCCACAUUAAAUGUAAGUAAGGUGUCUGUGGUUAGCAGUGAGUUCCAUGGUCCUCCCUAUGACCAAAGAUUGUGUGACACCAGGUUGUGCCGGCUAUGUAAAGCAAUGCAUUUAUGAAUCAAAUGAUACUCAACACUGUGUUCUUUACAGGUCCUGCUUCCAAAGCGAUUAUGGAUUUAUCAGUUUGACUCCGCCAACACUAGUGGUUUAGGCGACAUUAACUAUUUGAACAUGUUCAGGUUGAAUUUCUAAAUACUCGGAACUGUUCCAUGUUCCUAAUGACAUGCUGUUCUGGAAAAAAAACGUUCAUUGUUGCUUAUAAGUUCAAGUUAUGUUGUUUUGAAGGUUGAAUGUUGUUUGAGCUUUGCAUGAUGUUCCUCAAAUGACAUUCUCCUUCUUGUUCUUGCUCUGAAAGUUAUGGACUGCUGCCCUUCAAAAUCUUGUAGGUUCAAACAGUGUCAGUAAUCUGAGCCUCUUUAUUGGCCCCUCAGCUUUAUUUGGCAAUUGUCUGUGGCUUCAAGGAUGGGUGUGAUUGGCUCAAUUGCACUACGCUUGCUUCCUGGAAGGUCAUGGAAGGUCAUCAAAACUAAGAAUAUGCUUACCCAGGGAGAGGGACCGGAUUGUGGCUUGUUCAUGCUGAUGUAUGCACUGUAUAUGGCCCUGGCCUGGACUGUUGACUUCAGUCAGGAGGACAUCCCUCAGCUCCGAAGGUGGUGGUGUCAUUUGAUUUUGGACAACAUGUCACCUGCAAGUGUGUCAGAGUCUACCACCACAAAAGAGUCACCCCCUAGGCACCCUGUGGUCUGUCAACAAGAGGACAAUGAUGAGGUCUGUGAAAAGAACGUAAAGUGUAGGUUUGUACAGGACAUCGGUCCUGCAUGGUCCUGGGUACAGACUCACCGUGCAUUUUUCCGUGGGGAGGUGAUGGAACCUGCCUAUCUCCAGAUGGAUUAUGAAAACCAACAAAGACUGUUGGAAGAAUACCUGCGGGGUGAUUUAGAAGCAAGAGAUGCCUUCCUGUUUGAAUUUGAAUGUGCAGAGGACCUGGACACAUUCAUUUCCAAUUAUGAGGAAACGAUCGCACAUCAGUCGGAACUGGAGGCUGUGGAGAAGCAGAUCCAGGAUCUACUAGAGAAGCAGACACGGCUGCGAGAACGUAAAAACGGCGCUGGAAACAUCCAGAGCUGACGCUCGCAAAUCCGCGGUAAGUUUUCAUCGCGAUUUUAAUACUCCUUCCACUUCUACUCCGCGUGUUUCUCUGCACAGAGCCCAGGCUUCGAGAACACGGUCAGCCCAAAUGAACUUCACUCCUGCACCGGCACACCCACGGCGAAAGGCGCGAGCCAGGACUGGAGCGAUGACCCAACCGCCGCUUUGCCGCCCUCUGCAAGACGGAAUGCAACGCUGUGGUCAUCGGAGACUCAAUCGUCCGGAACUUAUGCGCUUCCUCCACUAAAGGUAAGGUGCGCACUUCAUUGUUUUCCUGGCGCCCGUGUUCUUGAUGUCUCUGCGCAGGUACCUGCGAUCCUGAAGGACGAUGCUAACGUCGGAGCUGUCGUGCUGCACACGGGGGUGAAUGACGUCAGGAUGAGGCAGUCGGAGAUCCUGAAGAGGGACUUCAGGAGUCUGAUCGAGAUGGUACGCAACGCAUCGCCCACGGCGAGGAUCAUCGUAUCAGGGCCGCUUCCUACCUACCGACGAGGGAAUGAAAAGUUCAGUAGACUAUUUGCUCUAAAUAAAUGGUUGAUGUCAUGGUGUAUUGAACAGAAGCUGCUCUCUGUUGAUCAUUUUGAUCUGUUCUGGGAGCGACCUAGGCUCUUUCGCCCUGACGGCCUGCACCCCAGCAGCAUCGGAGCGGUUCUUCUGUCUGACAACAUCUCAAAGACGCUACGCACCGCUUGACUACGUCUCCCAGCGGGAGAGAUUCCGCCAGGCCCAGAUGAACGUCAUAUGCCCAUCCACAACUAGAGAUUACGCCAGCUACAUCGGAAAAUCCCGUACCAUCCUCCUGCGAGAGCCUGCGGACUGACU